AUGUUAUGGCAGCCGACAGCGAUAGGAAUUGACAGCAAGGGGGAGGGGGAGGGGAGGGGAUGGGACUUGAAAGAACUGCCGUCAUCCGAGAGCUUCACCGACGGAGAUCUCCUGCGUCCCAUCUUUUGGAAACCCCAUCUUCUGGUACCCAGCAACGGCCGUUUCAAGUAUAUGAUGGAUAUGAUGGAUGAUGAUGGAAGAAUAAUGAGCGAGAAGAGAGAAAGCGAGAAAGGGGGGCUAAGGGAGAAACGGAAGAGCAGCCUGGAGAAAAGUGGCUGUCGAGUAAGUAAGUAUGAUGUGACCGUGGGCCAUACCCUUGUCCAUGCUCAUGUCCAUCACCAGCAGCAGCAAACAAACAGCGGGAAAAAAAGAACAGCCAGAGCAGCCAUUAUUAUUGGAGACAAGAAUGUCAUGCUUGAGCGGAGCUUUGGUCGACUAAAAAAAUAA